AUGUUUGUAUCACUCACAACCUUCGUCUCUCUGCUUGGCUUCUUGUCACUGCAUCCUACCUCUGGACAGGACUGUCCAAGCAGACUGGAAAUUCAAGGAUCCCUGAAGCAGAUCCAGAAACUUCUCUCGGCUCAUGAAGCCUCUUACUUGCAAAGUAUACGCAACCUAAAGAAAAAAAUCAACCUACUGCAGAGUAGCACAGGGAAGCACUCCACAAAAACCGUCAAUAGCACCUGCCCAAAACCGGAUGUGCCGCCCAAUGGGAGGAAGCUCGGCAAAUCACAUAGUGUGGGCCAUGAGGUUCAUUUUUUAUGUGAGCCAGGCUAUGAGCUUGUGGGUUCAGAAAGCAGAAUUUGUCAGGAAAGUCUGACCUGGAGUGGCCAGCAGCCAAUAUGCAAAGAAGUCAACGAAUGCUCAUCCAUCCCUUGCCUGAAUGGUGGAACAUGUCUGGAUGACGUUAACCAGUUUACCUGCCUCUGUCCCAAAGGCUGGGCUGGAGAAACCUGCCAAAGUCCUGUGCCAACAUUCUUUGCCACCUUUACCAACACCUCCGCUGCCACAUCCCCAGCCUCGGCUGCUACACUAGCAGCUGACACAGCUGGCUCCUUUGUGCGCCCAUCACGCUGCAGCACCGUGCAGGGGACCACCCACUGCACUUGCGAGCCAGGAUAUACCAUCUCCGGCAGAGAUAGCACUACUUGCACUGACAUAGAUGAAUGUGAGCUGUUUCAUAACGGACAGGCUGGGAAACUCUGUUUACACACGUGCGUGAACACCGCUGGAGGUUACCGCUGCACUUGUCCUGCUGGAUAUAAUGUGACCCGCGAUGGACGCAGCUGUAAAGACAUCGAUGAGUGCGCCAGCAGACAAAACAACUGCACUAGGGAUCAGACGUGCAUCAACACAUACGGCGGUUUCCAGUGUGUUCGUGUCGACUGUCCAAAAAACCCUCACGCUUCGUACGUCAAAACAUCACCAAUGCGCUGUGAGCGUAAUCCCUGUCCCGUGGAUAACAAGCUGUGUUCUCAGGCUCCAAAUUCAUUCUCUUACCACUACCUGGCAGUCGUAUCCAACCUGUCAGCUCCCCGUGUCAUGUUCCGGGUUUCGGCGUUGCGCCCAAUAGGCGACGCGCUUCGCUUCUCUCUGCUAGGUGGAAGGCAAGCUCGACGCCACUUCACAGUCCAGCGUUCAGAUCGUCUGACAGGUCAGCUGAUGCUUAGCAGCCCAGUGCAGGGCCCUGCCACUCUGGAAGCUGAAGUAGAAAUGAGUGAGCUGGAGAGACGAGUCCAGCUUGGCAGGUACAUCACCAAAGUCACCAUGUUUGUUUCCCCGUAUGAGUUCUGA